AUGUCUUCGCGAUACAGGUACACUACGUUGAGUUACGUAUGGGGAGGCAACACACGAAAUAGGAGCCUCAAUACUAGGGCCGCCGUCGGCCAUCUACGAAAGAAGGGAAGCAUUCGUCAUGAUAACUUUACACUUCCUGGCACCAUUCGAGAUACAAUUGACUUGUGCCAUCGACUGGACGUCGGAUACUUGUGGAUCGACUCGCUCUGUAUCACUCAAGAUGACAAAGCAUCGAAAGAUGUGCAGAUUCAACAUAUGGACGCUGUCUAUCGGUCAGCUACCUUCACAAUUGUGGCUGCGAGUGGCCAGAAUGCCGACACGGGACUGCCGGAGCUCAAUAUCUCCAACCCACGGCGUAUCUGUCAAGAGUCCGCUGAAAUUGAUGGCCUGCCUCUUAUCCGCAGACCUCCUCGGCCAACCAUUGAAGACGAAAUAUGGGCCAUUCGGGCUUGGACAUUGCAGGAGGAUUAUCUGUCUCGCCGGAAAUUAAUAUUCUGCGAUAAUCUUGUCGUGUUUCGAACGUCCUAUGAGAAGGAAUGUUUUGACUUGGAGGAGAACGCCCACCCUCUCAUAGCUAGUGUUAUGCGAUCGGUGGAGUCUCGCAUCCAGGGUGCCACCUCCAACAAUGAGGGCAGACCUACAGCUGUCUUUCUGGAAUACGAAUCUCUCGUGGAAGACUACUCAAAGCGACGCCACACCGAUAGCGGCGAUAUAAUCAAAGCAUUUAGCGGCUUGCUCCGGCAUCUCUCAGUGAAAUAUCAAACCAGCUUCGUUCAGGGCCUUCCUGUGUCGUCUUUGGAAGUUUCCUUGUUGUGGCUACCCACUUCCCAAGUCGUCCGGGGAACAGAUCCAAGCUCGGGCACAGUCGUCGCCCCCAGCUGGUCCUGGGCCGGGUGGGAUGACAGCGGAGUUCAAUACGAAUUAAUAGACCCCGUCCAUGUUGGUAGAAUAACCUGGGAGGACGCUGAGAUUGCAAAGUUAUGCCAAGGGAUCUACCCAGCACAUAUUAGGCAAAGGGGAGGGAAAUUUUGCCGGGGCUGUCUGUCUCCACGAUCCGGACACAAAUCCUGA